UCCCAGCGGUUGGCUUUAAAUAUACCUGAGAAUUAAACAAAUGCGAACAAAAUCAAUACGAAGUUUAUUAGGAGAGAGGAUCCCUUCGUGGUUUUCAAGUUAAAUAAUUAUGUUUGUAAUUUUCUUAACGUUUUUUCCCCUCAAAUACAUUACAGUUGUGUGCUGCGCACAAAAAUAAUUGUUCAGGUCCUAUUUACGCGACGGAGAAGAGAACGGACCACAACAAUUUGGGAACUCUUUUGCCAUGGGUCCAAUAAAGCAUCGUCGGUCCCGUUCUACCUCUCGUAGUCGGAACCGGGAUCGAAACAGGUCCAAAAUAAGCAGAUCACGAUCACCCAAAGAGAAGAAAGGCCGGAGUCGGUCCAUUGAUCGGAACAUAAAAACCCAGAGAAUUGCGCGUUCUGAGAGCGGAAACUCGGACAGCAGUGGUGGAUCUGCGAGGCGACAAGGACAACGGCCCCGUAGCAGAGACCAUCCCGGGCCGAGAAGCGACUCAGACAGCGACAUGAGACGUAAACUGAAGGGCAAAUCAAAAGACAGAUCCAGCUCUGACUCAGAUGAUCCAAAGGGGAGGAAGAAAGUAGAGAAAAAGAAGAGCAAAAGAGAAGACAAAGGAGAGAAGAAGAUUGGCAGGAGCCAGUCCCAGUCCGACUCAGGGUCUAGUGCAGACGGGAAGAGAUCGAGGGAUGGGGGGAACAUUGACCGGGAGAGGAGAUGGCGGAGGAGUGCAGACAGAGGGAGCAGAAGCCCCAGCAGAGAGAGGGAACGACAGAUGAGGGAGAGAACAAGGGACAGGGAGAGAAUGAGAAGCCGAGACAAGGACCCAAGCCUAUGUAAGGAGAAAAGUCGAGACAGAGAGAGAAGCAGCUGGAGGACUGAAGACCGUGGGAGAAGAGAAAGAAGCAGGGGGAAGGACCAAAGGGACAAUGAGUGUAAGAGACGUCGCUCUGGCUCCUCAGACUCAUCUAAGAGCUCUGGGUCGGAUGGCGGAGCCCGUGGAGGCAGCCCGGGGUCUGGAGAGGCCGGGCCCUCGGUCCGAGAUGAGAAGAAGAACCAGAGAGAGAUGUUGAAGGCCCUGGAGACCCCAGAGGAGAAGAGGGCCAGACGACUGGCCAAGAAGGAGGCCAAGGAGAGGAAGAAGAGGGAGAAGAUGGGCUGGAGUGAGGAGUACAUGGGCUAUACCAAUGCAGACAACCCCUUCGGAGACAACAACCUGCUGGGCACCUUCAAAUGGCAGAAGGCUCUGGACAGGAAGGGGAUUGGCCAUCUGGGUGAGAAGGACCUGAAGGACAGGAACAAACGUAUCCAGGAGGAGAAUCGCAGAGAACUGCAGAAGGUGAAGCAGCUGCGUCUGGAGAGGGAGAGAGAGAAGGCCAUGAGAGAGACGGAGCUGGAGAUGCUGCAGAGAGAAAAGGAGGCGGAGCAUUUCAAAACCUGGGCAGAACAAGAGGACAACUUCCACCUGCACCAGGCCAAGCUACGGUCUAAGAUCCGUAUCCGUGACGGCCGUGCUAAGCCCAUAGACCUGUUGGCUAAGUACAUCAGUGCUGAAGAUGACGACCUGGCUGUGGAGAUGCACGAACCUUACACCUUCCUCAAUGGACUCACUGUCACUGACAUGGACGACCUGCUUGAAGAUAUCAAGGUGUACAUGGAGCUGGAGCAGGGGAAGAAUGUAGACUUCUGGAGGGAUAUGACCACCAUCACAGAGGAUGAGAUCAGCAAGCUCCGGAAACUGGAGGCAUCUGGAAAAGGCCCAGGUGACCGUCGUGAUGGCAUUAACACGUCAGUGAGCACCGAUGUUCAGAUAGUGUUUAAGGGAAAGACGUACAGCCAGCUCCAGGCGCUGAACCUCAAUAUCGAGACUAAGAUCCGAGCUGGGGGAUCCAAUUUGGACAUAGGCUACUGGGAGAGCUUGAUGCAGCAAGUCAGGGUCUACAUGGGCCGAGCACGGUUGAGAGAGAGGCACCAGGACGUGUUGCGUCAGAAGCUGUUCAAGCUGAAACAGGAGCAGGGAGUGGAGAGUGAGCCUCUCUUCCCCAUCAUCAAAGAGGAGCCUGAGGAGGAGGCUGUGACCGAGAGCGAGAAAGACACUCCCUCAGAGGUGCCUGGCCCCUCCUCUUCCUCCCCUUCCAUCAAUCAGAAGAGAGAUACAGAGGAGAAGGAUGAGCAAGUGGCGGGCCCAUCCACGGAGGGAGACGGGGAUGGAGAGGAGAAGGGUGAGGUGGUAGAGGCUGUUCUGACAGAGGAGGAUUUGAUCCAGCAGAGCCAGGCAGAGUAUGACUCUGGCCGCUACAGUCCCACACUGCUGCUUCCCUCGGAGCUACCGCUGGACACACACACCAUCACACCUGACGAAGACACACACAAACUACACCUCUCACGCAGACAGCUCGCCGUCACAGGUGAUGCCAAUGAGAAUGCAGAGGAUGAGUUUGUGCGUCGCGCCAAACAGGGCAUGGGCGGGGACGAGGCUCAGUUUAGCGUAGAGCUUCCCCUCACAGGGAAGAUGUACCUGUGGGCUGAUAAAUACCGUCCCCGGAAACCUCGCUUCUUCAACAGGGUCCACACAGGCUUCGAGUGGAACAAAUAUAACCAGACCCAUUACGACUUUGACAACCCUCCGCCAAAGAUCGUCCAGGGCUACAAGUUCAACAUCUUCUACCCGGACUUGAUCAACAAACGUUCCACACCGCAGUACUUCCUAGAACCCAGUCCCGACAACAAGGACUUUGGGGUUCUGCGGUUCCAUGCGGGCCCGCCAUACGAGGACAUUGCCUUUAAGAUCGUUAACCGCGAGUGGGAGUACUCUCACCGCCACGGGUUCCGUUGUCAGUUCGCCAAUGGGAUCUUCCAGCUCUGGUUCCACUUCAAGAGGUACCGCUACAGGAGAUAGAACCGGCUGAGUUUAGAACCUCAACAGACCAACACCAGUCCUGGGCCUAGACCCCAAUCCGGACCAGGAACCUCAAACGGCAAGGUUUUAACCAUAGAAAUGGAAUGUAUAGAUCAGACAUCACAUCAGUUGGGAUCAUCUGUAAGGUUAAUAUGUAUUCUAGCUGUUAAUGUUUAGUCUGAAGGCCUCAAAAAAAUAAUUGACACGCUAUGGAUCUACUUCUCUGUGUUAUUACUAUGGCAGCCCUGCCCAUUCUGUUGUGUCACAAAGAAUGGUUUGUAUUUUUAGUUUGAUCAGAUGGUGAUUUUCAAUGUACCUGUCUCUGAAAUGACAUAUUAAAGAUUAUUUUCCUA